AUGUCCAGCCCCCUCGAUCUCGGCUCCCUUUUCGACUCGCUCCAGGACGAACCCGACGUCAAUCGAGGACCCUUGGUCGAUAAAGUGGUCUGGGUGUUCAUAUCCAUCUCCAUAAUCAUCGUCGCGCUGCGCUUCUGGACGAAAUGGCGGACGACGAACCGGUUGUACAUUGACGAUGGGUUGAUGCUGAUGGCUUUGCUUGUCGGGAUCACGCAUUCGGCGAUUAUAACGAGAGCCGUGAGUACGGGAUUCGGGAGGCAUAUCAUUUAUUUGACGUUGGAGGAGGUGCAGAAGACGAUGAAAUUCGGCAUCCUCUCCCUCAUGUUCGACAUCCUCUCGCCCACCAUCGGCCGCAUAAGUUUCGCCUACACGCUCCUCAUGAUCACGCGCUCCGACCCGCGCACCAAGACCUGGCCGAUCUGGAUGUUCAUCGUGCUGCAAGUCCUCGUCAACUUCGUCGGCAUCACCCUCUUCUACGUCCAAUGCGGAUCGCACUCGAACGUCUAUUGGAACGUCAUGGAGCAGGUGAGUUAUCACGAUUAUUGCUGGUCGCCCAAGAUCCAGACGCGGUAUGGAUACUUCAUGGGCGCGUUCAAUGUCGUGACGGAUGCGUUUCUGGCGGUUUUCCCGGCGUUGUUGAUUGAGCAGACGAGGCUUUCGAGGAAGACGAAGAUUGGGUUGUGGUGUUUGCUUGGGUUGAGUGCUUUUGCUAUGAUUGCGGCGGUGGUGAAGACGUACGAAGCCAAGAUGCUCAGUAAAGUGACGGACUAUACGUAUAACCUCUGCUUCUAUGUUAUCUGGGUAUCUGUCGAGCUCAACAUCGUUAUCGUCACAGCGUCUAUCCCGCUUUUACGGCCAUUGUUCAAGAGCAAGAAGAGACAUGAAGGAAGACCGCCCAAUGAACUUGGUGAUGUUCAUCUUGGAUCGGUGACGUCGUUCGGGAAGAAUGUCUCUCGAAUGCACACCCCACAGCAUACGAGCACAUCCAGCUUGGACAACAUAGUCCAUUACGACGAUACUGCCGGUGUGGAUAGCGCUGGAAUAGUGGUGACGAGAGAGGUGCAGGUGUCCUACGAGACUAAAGAUGCCCCAAACGUGCACGCUGCCCUGGUUGGCCUGUUGCAGGGAGAAAUCGCGAAUCCGCGGCUGGCGCGAGGGUAA